ACAUCUCUGUUUUGAUCAAGCAUCUACCCCCUUUUAUAAUUAGCCGUAUAGUGUACAUCGGAAAAUUUUAUUUUUUAUAGGCGAAAUUACAUUAAUUUCGACCCAUAAUUUUUUUUAAAUAUUGUGUAGCUGUUAGAAUAUUUUUGUAAUAAUAUGGAUGUAUUUGAUAAUUGUCGUAUUUGUUUACAUGAAAUUAAUCAUGAGCCAAUAAAAAUGACACGGCUCAUAUUGAGAUUCCUCGAAAAAUGUUUACAAUUAACAAAUGUUACAAAACCAAAUCGACAAGACAAGGUAAAACUAAAUUUAUGUGCACCGUGUUUUAAUCGAAUAUCCGAAUUCCAAGAUUUUCAUGAACAGUGCAAAGAUUCCGAUGAAUUUUGGAAAACACAAUUCGAGGAUUUGAAAGAUGCUGUCAUCGACAAUAAGGAAUUACAAUUUGAACAAAGUGUAUUAGUGCCGUUAGUGGAAGACAGUAAUCAUUCUUUAGAGGCUGAUACCACAGUAACCACAACAGGAAUAAAACAGCCUACAUGUAGACAACCGGGCGAAACUGUGGAAGAAGUGCAACAGGAAUCAGUACAUUCACUGCAAGCCGAUGUAGAGCAGAAUCUUCAGAUAUACCAGGAAAAAGAAAACAAUAACUUACCACCAACUUCCCCUAUAAACGUACAAGACGAAGAGACAACUCAAAUAGAGAAUUUUAAUGGUAUCGACUUGACUAACUGGCCCGAUGACACAAAUGAUGUUGAUGAUGACGAUGCUGAUGAUAGUGAAAUUAAAAUUAUUGGACCUAGCGAAUGUGAUGAUGAUGAAGAUAUUGACGACGACUACGACGAGGACAACACUAAAGAGGUUAAUGAAGAAAUUAUCGAAUAUGAGUAUCAAGUAGAAGAGGAUGAAGAAGUUGAAAUUGAAGAAAUUCCAACUAUUGAUGAAUCAGCUGCUGGUGCUACGGAAUCAUUUGGAGUGGAUUAUCGUUCAUUUUCUUAUGAAAAAGUUGAAACGGAAAAUUCCAGUGAAAGUACUAUCAUCCAUGAAACAAUUGAAGAGACUAUGGAAGAACAUACUGAAACUACAACGCAGAAUGCGUUCUUUAUGACAACAACUAUUGAUGAAAGUGGAAAAGUUAAAAUGUCUUAUAAAUGUCAACAUUGUGAUAAAACGUUCAACCGUGUUUACGAUAUUGAAUCUCACUAUAAUAUACACAACGGUGUUAAACCCUACACCUGCAAUGUUUGUGGCAAAUCAUUUCGACAGAAAAAUAUUCUAACCACUCACCAAGCUUUACAUUUUGGCAAAAAAGUCGAAUGUGCCGAAUGUGGUAAGAAAUUUGCUCGCCGAUCACAGCUUAUACUACACUAUAGAAUGCAUCGUGAUGAAAAGCCAUUUGUAUGCAAUUUCGAUGGUUGUCAAGCGGCAUUCCGCCAAAGAAAGCAAUUAAUUGAUCACUCAUUCAUACAUACGGGAGAGAAGAAUUUUCAGUGUGCUACAUGUACCAAAUGCUUUCAUACGAGAAAACGUCUACAGGAUCAUAUAUAUAAGGUUCAUUCACAGCAUCGUUAUCGUUGCGAUUUGUGUGAAAAGGCCUUUUUGAAACCGCACAUGCUUAAACAUCAUAUGAUAACCGCUCAUAAUGUAGAAGUAGACGAUGUGUCACAUCUUAAAACUUUAGUGGAGGAUUUAAAACCAACAUCUAAAAGAUCUACAAGAAAUACCAUUAUAAAUUAAAUGUACAUGCAAACAUCCAUAGAUAAAUGUGUUUUAAUUGAUGUGUCUGUCGAUUUUGUAAUGUUUAGUGUCAUUGUUUAAGUAAAAAAAUACAUAAUUCUAAUGUAUGUACAUACAAAUAUAAUAUGAAAUUAAUUUAAUUUAUGCUUAAUAAAUUAUUGAGAAGAAAAUCUAA